ACCACGUCAGGAAGCAGGAAGAGGCCCAACGGCUGCUCUCCGCCACUCGUGUCCGUGUGAGGUGACAGUGAGGCGGCCCGUGUCCUGUCCUGUCCCGUCCUGUGUGUGAGUGUGUGAGAGUGUGUGUGUCCCUCCAUGUCCGCUGUGUGAAGGGCUGCUCAGUCUUCAGCGCCGUGGGAUGAGUUUCAUUAACAGCUUGAGGCGAAGCGCGAGGAGGGAUGACGGCAAAAGAGUCACUGAACAGGCACAAGAUAUGCCUGACAGCCCAGACUCACCGAGCCGGUUGUUUGUUUUAAGUGGUCCAGAGCUGGACCCCAUCGUCACCGACUUCAAGUUACAGCUUCCAGAGAACAGCGACACUCAGGGGUCAAUGGACCCGUCAUCAAAUGGGUGCGCUCGGUCCGACCUGUCUGUGGCCCUGGAGGACUGCAUGGCUGCCCUCGAUCUGUUCCUCAGAAAUGAGUUUGAGGAGGCGCAGGCCCGCCUCUUGAUCAAAUCGAAAGACAGCAUGUACCACGCUUUGACCUACGCCACUAUUUUAGAAAUGAAGGCCAUGAUGACCUUUGACCCCCAACACAUUCUGAGUGCGGGCAGUACUAUGAAGGAGGCGCAGACUCUCUGUCAGCGAUACAGAAGGAAGUCGAGCUUCUCAAAAAGCUUCACAGAAGAGGAACUGCAUGCUGAGGUCUGCUAUGCUGAAUGUCUCCUGCAGAGGGCAGCACUCACCUUCCUCCAGGAUGAAAACAUGAUUAGUUUCAUCAAAGGAGGUAUCAAAGUGAGGAACAGCUACCAGACAUACAAAGAGCUCCACACCAUCCUAAAGUCGACUGGAUACACCCACGGCGACAAUCACGGCCAUUUUGAGGGCGGUGUGAAACUGGGAGUCGGAGCCUUCAAUCUAAUGAUUUCCAUGCUGCCCACACGUACGCUCAAGCUGCUGGAGUUUGUAGGAUUCUCCGGUAAUAAGGAGUUUGGUCUUCAACAGCUUCAAGAAGGCUCUGCAGAAAGCACCUUCAGGUCGUUUCUCUGUAAUAUGCUCUUGCUGUGUUAUCACACAUUCAUGAGCUUCAUAUUGGGAACUGGGGAAGGAGACGUUGAAGAUGCAGAGAAACUUUUGCAACCAUACCUGAAAAAAUACCCCAAGGGAUCCAUCUUUUUGUUCUUUGCUGGUCGAAUAGAGGAGAUUAAAGGCAACCUGGAUGAGGCUAUCAAGCUCUUUGAGGAGUGCUGUGAGGCUCAGCAGCAGUGGAAACAGUUUCACCACAUGUGCUACUGGGAGCUGAUGUGGUGCUUCACAUACAAGACGCACUGGAAGAUGGCCUACUUCUACGCUGACCUGCUUAGCAAGGAGAACUCGUGGUCCAAGGCCACGUAUGCUUAUAUGAAAGCAGCCUAUCUCGGCAUGCUGACUGAGGAUGACUGCCUUACCUUCGGGGAGAGUGCGCUAACUCUUUUCAGGCAGGUUCCUGGGCUGAAACAGAAAAUUGCAGGAAAAUCUUUGCCAACAGAGAAGUUUGCGAUCAGAAAAGCCCGCCGCUACUUUGGGGAAAAUCCCGUUCCUCUCCCAGCUCCUCCCCUGGAGAUGAUGUACAUCUGGAACGGCUACACAGUCAUUGGAAAACACAAAGACCUGACUGAGGCCAUGCUGAAAACCCUGGAUGAAGCCCAGGCAACACUCGAAAGCUUUCCAAGGACUGAAUACACCAUAGAUGAUCAGUGUCUGUUGAGCCUGUUGAAGGGCCUUUGUCUCAAGCACCUGGGACACCGAGAAGAGGCUGAACACUACUUUACCCUCGUCCUCUGCAAUGAGACUCAGAUCAAAUAUGACCACUACCUGGUUCCUAAUGCUCUCCUUGAGCACGGUCUGCUGUGCCUGGAGCAGGGGAGAAGAGAUGAAGCUAUUAAACUUCUAGAAACGGCAAAGCACAAUUACAAAAACUACUCCAUGGAGUCACGAACGCACUUCCGUAUCCAGGCUGCUUUGCACAAAGCUAAGGGAACUGGGGAGAACGGCGUCCAUGUUCCUUCUAGUCCAUAACGGGCAGAGGAGGAGGGCACACCAGCGCAGUGAUCAUUUUAUGCUUCUGCAACCCCACAGUGCAACAUCCAGCCCGACCAGCUGCAGCCCGUUGGGGCUGAAGCGUUUAUUUUAUUUGUUCAUCAAAUCUGGAGGCAAUUGUUUAUUUUCUUGUUGUUGAUUUUUGGUGUAAUGUGUCAAACUAGCAUGGACAUCUGCAGCUUUGAUUGGCCUUAACGGACUUCUUCUUCUGAUUUUUACAUUCUCUUUUCAAAGAAAUAUUACAUGGAGCUUCACUUGCUGAUCUGACUUGAUAUAGAAACGAGUUUGGAAGUGGGUCAUGUGUUUGUAAAAUGCUGUAGUUUUCCAUCAUGGCUUCUCACUAAAAAACAUAAGAGUGGUAAACAAAGUCAAAUUUGUGCGAUAUACAAGCUUUCCCUCCACUAUCAUAUGGUGUACAAAUGAACAUUGCAAAAGUUUUUAUUUGAGUUAAGGGAAGACGUAACCAUUUGUUAUAAGAUUCCCAAAAUCUAUUCAUGUACAUAUAUUUUGCUAUGUAUGAAAAUUCAGAGCCAACUUGACCAAAUUUUUAAAAUCCUUUAUUAGUAGGUUUGUGUAUGUAUAAUUAUUGUUUCACUACAUUUUCCACAAUGAAAGAGCCUUUUAUUGGAAAUUUCAGGGGGGGCUUUUCAGUUUGUCAACUAGUGGUUAGGAACAAUUUAUGUUAGUUGACUCAUUCAGUCUUUUUUUAUUCCAGAUAUGAAACUGAAACUAUCGGUUCUGAAAGCCUCUAUUUUCUCUUUGCGUAGACUAAAUAACUCACCAAAGUCAAAAAGCCAGCAAGACUUGCAGAUGUCCUUUAGAUUUACCUACUGUAAGCUGCACCUUUUUACACAGAUUGUCCUGUUUUAAGAGGACAGAUAAACGUGUCUUUUAGAAAGGCAGACUCCCUCUUUGUUGCCUCCUGGUGUGUGGGACUGGUUCCAGGGCUACUUGAGCUUGAACAAACCGGCCUUUGAAAGUGAUCAGGGCUGUUUGCUUGUCCGCCUGCUGCAUCCUUUUACAUGUUGAAGGAAACUCUUAUUCACCACAAACCACUACAGCUUAUACAGAUUGUGAGAAUUAUCUGUUGACACCCCUAUGCUGCUCCCCUUUGAGCCAACUCCUUCCUAGAAACACCUACAGAAGGAGCCAAAGUUACAACCACAUCCUGCUGAAGAGUGUAUGUGUACAACAAAUAUGGUUUCUCCUCGUAAUUGAUUGGUGGAUGGGUUAUUGCAAAAGGCUGUGCAUGUCUUACAGCCUUUUAUGAACUCCAAUGGGCUCUGAAGAGUUGGAAAUAUUAUGAUUCAUUUCCAUACAAGAGAACAUAGGGAUAUAAUUUGAUUACUUUCAGUCAGCUGCAAAACGUAUUUUAAUGGUGGAGGAAUUGUAAUCAUAUAAAUGUAAAUCCAGCCGGUUUAUGGAAUAUCUCCAUAAAAUAUUAAACUUUACACAAUUAGUAAAAAGUAUAUUUUCAUUUUCCCUCUGAUUUUACAUAUGCUGUAGAUGGAUAAAAUUAUAAACUAAAAGUUGCAGGUGUUUACACUCUGUAUAUUGUAUUGGGCAUGGUUACCCACUGAGCAGAAUGACUCAUGUAAAUGUUUUUGUUGUAAUUUAUGAUGGAAUUAUAAUGUCUUACUGAACACUCUA